UUAAUGCUGUUGUACCUGUAUUGCGCUAUUAAUUUUUGAUUGGGCGUGCUUCGCGGUUGGUCUUGUGAAUCUGUGGUACAAAGAUGCGAGCCUGUUAAUUGACAAUGUAUUGUUAACAUAAAUGACAUUUAUCCCUGUUAUUGCAGAGACAUUAAUAAGAAAAAAGGAACUGGCUGCGGAAAAAUAACUUGGCCUUUUUAUUGGGAAAUCAAUAAAUUCUUGCAAGCGCUGCCAAUGAAUGAUGCAAGCUUGCUGCAGGAAACGGCGUGCAGCGACAGCGGCACCGUAGAGCAGAUGAUACGGUGUAUGGAAACGGGCAGCGCAGUUGAGGAGGAGGAGGACGUCUCCAUCGAUGGAUGUGUGAACGUGGCUGGAACCACAGGACUGCAGUCCUUGGAAAGCUGCAGUCACACUGAAGAAAGGCUAUUGCCCUCUCCGCUGCAGUCCCAAGACACGUGCGAGGCUCGCAGUACGACAGCAGCAACACCCAAGCCAAGCAGCAAAAAGCAGACGCAGCAAGCAGUGGUAUUGCAGCUUGUAGACGAGCAGCGGCAGCAGCGCUACUCUUGGGACCGUUCAAAAGAGAGGGAGCUGCAGCUGCGCAAACGCCAAAUUGAAUUAGACGAGGCUGCAGGUGAACGGGAAGAAAGACUGAUUGCAGUUCUUGAGAAACUCGCAGAAAAAUAAUCACACAUACAGAUUUAUUUACAUGGUAAA